AUGCCCGGCCGUUUUGGCCGCCUUGUCCUUGCAGAUAUCAACGAGUGCCAAGACGAACGGUACCCCUGCUCUGUUCCGGAUACGUGCGUCAAUACCAUCGGAGGAUACAGCUGCGUUUGCCCUGAAAAGACAUCCGGCAACGCAUACAACGGAACAUGCGAGCAAGACAAGUCUCAGAUUGGGUGGGAGAUCGCCAUUGGAGUCAGCAUUGGUGUGAUCGUACUGAUAGCCGCCGCUUCGUGUGCUUACAUGAUCUACGCCAAACGGAGGCUCGCCAAGAUCAAGAGAGAGUACUUCGAGCAGCACGGGGGCCUGACGCUGUUCGACGAGAUGAGGUCGAGGCAGGGGCUGUCCUUCAAGCUCUUCACCCAGGAGGAGCUGGAGGAGGCGACGGGCAGGUUCGACGAGCGCAACGUGAUCGGCAAGGGGGCCAACGGCACCGUGUACAAGGGAACCACCAAGGACGGCGACCUGGUGGCCAUCAAGAAGUGCAGGCUCGCCAGCGAGAGGCAGCAGAAGGAGUUCGGCAAGGAGAUGCUCAUCGUGUCCCAGAUCAACCACCGCUACAUCGUCAAGCUCUACGGUUGCUGCCUCGAGGUGGAGGUCCCCAUGCUCGUCUACAAGUACAUCCCCAACGGCACACUCUACCGGCUCAUCCACGGCCGGCGCGAGCGCGAGGGCCCGCGCAUCCCGUUCACGGCCCGGCUCAAGAUCGCCCACCAGACCGCCGAGGCGCUCUCCUACCUGCACUCAUGGGCCUCGCCGCCCAUCCUCCACGGCGACGUCAAGACGUCCAACAUACUCCUCGACGAGGAUUACACGGCCAAGGUCUCCGACUUCGGGGCGUCCACGCUGGCGCCCACGGACGAGGCGCAGUUCGUCACCUUCGUGCAGGGCACCUGCGGGUACCUGGACCCGGAGUACAUGAGGACGUGCAAGCUGACCGACAAGAGCGACGUGUACAGCUUCGGCGUCGUCCUGCUGGAGCUGCUCACGUGCAGGAAGGCGCUCAACCUGGAGGAGCUCGAGGAGGAGAAGUACCUCUCGUCGCAGUUCCUCCUGGUCCUCGGGGAGAACAGGCUGGAGGAGAUGCUAGACCCCCAGAUCAAGCGCGAGCAGAGCAUCGAGGUGCUCGAGCAGGCGGCGGAGCUGGCGAAGCGGUGCUUGGAGAUGCUCGGCGAGAACAGGCCGUCCAUGCGGGAAGUUGCGGAGGAGCUUCAUAGGUUGAGCAAGCUGGCCCAGCAUCCAUGGGGGCCGCCAGAUUCUGCGGAGCUAGUGGAACUGCUGCGUGGAUCACCGUCACCGACCACGUACUCUGGCCACUCUGGGUCUGGGGUAGAGCUUAGUAGCACUAGAAAUGUCAGUUUCACUGACACGGCGUACAUAGGAAUUCAGUCUCCGCGUUGA